AACAAGAAAGAGAGAUAUGGAUUGUGUUAACGGCAUUCAUGGUUCGUCUUCACCGACUCACGUAGUUUUGUUUCCGUUUAUGUCUAAAGGCCACACCAUCCCGAUCCUCCACCUAGCGCGCCUCCUACUCCGUCGCGGCGGCGUCGCCGUCACAGUUAUCACCACUCCGGCCAACCGUCCUUUCAUUGCCAACUUUCUCGUUAACACCCAAGCUUCCAUCUAUACAAUCCCUUUCGCAUUUGACAUUGCCGGAAUUCCCUCCGGCGUCGAAAGCACCGAUAAACUCCCUUCCAUGUCCCUCUUCUAUCAAUUCGCCGUCGCCACAAAAAGCAUGCAGAGUCAAUUCGAAAAAUUUCUAUCUUCUUCACUCUCCCACAUUUCAUUCAUUGUUUCCGACGGAUUCCUUCCUUGGACCCUUGAUUCAUCUUCAAAAUUCGGUAUCCCACGUUUCGUUUGCUACGGUAUGUCAAGCUUCGCCAUGACCAUCAUCCAAGAGAUUCAUCAUAAUCUAUCGCAAAUACAUCAUGAUUUGACUCGAUAUUCAGGAGCUGACGAGAUCAUCUUCUCAGUUCCCAAUCUCCCUUCUGUCAAGGUGGCAGUAAACGACUUCGAGAAGAACGUCUUAGAUCCGGAUAGAAAAGGAGAUCAAGCUGACUUCGCAUCGGAGAUGGUUUCUGCAACUUCUAGAAGCCAUGGCGUGAUCGUUAAUAGUUUCUAUGAACUCGAGCCUGUUUAUUUCGAUCAUUGGAACCGGCAUCAUGGACCGAAAGCUUGGGAUUUGGGUCCAUUCUUCUUGGGAGAGCCGUUAAAGGAAAAUGGUCUUAAAUCUCCAUGGAUGGACUGGCUGGACAUGAAAUUAGAAAAUGGGGAAUCCGUUCUGUAUAUAGCAUUCGGUUCCCAAGCCGAACUUUCAAGAGAGGUAUUCGAGGAAAUCCAAAUUGGGUUAGAGAAAUCGGAGGUGAAUUUCUUGUGGGUGGUGAGAGGAUUCGAGGAUAAGAAAGGAGACGGGUUCGAAAACAGGGUGAAAAACAGGGGAAUGGUUGUGAGGGAAUGGGUGGAGCAGAGGGAGAUUCUUGAACACAAGAGUGUGACCGGGUUUUUAAGUCAUUGUGGAUGGAACUCGGUCAUAGAGAGCAUAUGCGCCAAGGUCCCAAUAUUGGCGUGGCCGAUGAUGGCCGAGCAGCAUCUGAACGCGAGGUUUAUAACGGAUGAGAUCGGAGUUGGGAUUAGAGUGGAGACAUGUGAUGGAUCGGUUAGGGGGGUCGUCAAAUGGAAGGGGUUGGAGAAGAUGGUUAGGGAACUGAUGGAAGGGGAGAAAGGAAAGGAGGUAAGGAAGAAGGUGGAAGAGGUGGGUGUUGCCGCCAUGAAGGCGGUGGCGGACGGCGGCGGCUCAUCUUGGCAGGCACUCAAUGACCUCAUCAUUGGGACUUCUCCCAAGGCGUACAGUUAGGACAGACUGGUACAAUUAUCAUUUAUUAUGCUGUCUGGUGUUUUGUUUUGAUAUGUAUUAUUCAAAGAAAAUAAAUGAGAUAUUUGUAACUUUAUUUCUACAUAUUUACAACUCACUUUUAUAUAAAUAUUUUAUUUUUACUUUA